AUGAAGGAUUGGUCCGAGAAGCUAGGCGAUGCAUUAUGGGCGUUCCGCAUUGCUUAUAAGACACCCUUAGGAACUACCCCAUUUAUGAUCGUUUAUGGAAAAGUGUGUCAACUUCCCAUCGAAUUAGAACAUCAUGUGCUUUGGGCUCUCAAAACCGUAAACCUAGAUCUAACCGAAGCCGCUAGGAGGAGAUUCUUUCAAAUUUGUGAGUUAGAGAAACUUAGUGAUGCGGCAAACGCUCGUUCAUGGAGUAUUAAAGAGAAAACAAAGGGGUUGCUUGAUAGAAGGCUUAAAGGAUGGAAGGAGUUUAAAAAGGGGGAUAAAGUGCUUCUAUACAACUCCCGGUUGAAAGUUUUUGGUGUGAAGAUGAAGUCAAAAUAG